AUGACCCAGCAGCGGGCCAAUAUCCUAAAUGAGUUCUAUGCUGGAGCUUCCGGCCGUUCAGACGGCUUCCGGUAUUACAAGAACGCGUCGACACUACCUCUAGAAAUCGCACUUAUUAUACAGAAGCUAGCGCUACAUAAAAAGACGGCCCUCUGGCGGAAGUGUAAGCUACAGACCUUCUUCGCCAAGAAGCAGCACAUCCGGUAUUUUGUAGUGGAUGAUACCAAAGAAGCCACAAGAGCUUCAGACGCUAGUACAAAGAGCUUGGAUUCGGGAGAAGCAGACUUCUUCAAGCUAGUCGAUGAAGAUGUAGCCGUAGCAGAGGCAGAUGCUAAAGCAGAAGCCAAUAUCGUUCAUGGUUUCGAUAGCCACAGAUCUGCUGUAAUACCGUGGCUAAGACGGACGGGCAUCGAGGAGCACACGCGGGGCUUAAAGAAGGACGAGAUGCACGCCUCGUUUGUAGUGCCAAAGAUUGCCGAGAGCGAGCCCGAGUUGUUUUUAAUGCUAGAAAUCAUGGACGAGAUCUUUAUAGAGGCACACAGCUAG